AUGGAAGUCCUGAGCACCCCCGGAAUGGCCGACAGCCAAGACGUCUUUGAACGGGAAAGGCGCUACGAGUCACGUAUCCCUCUCCCAAAGGCAAGGAGAGCAACCGCCGAGAGCGUGAACCGCCCAAAUCCAAGGCAAAUGGCCGCUUCAGCAGCAGCAGCAGCCUCAUAUGCCCAACUCUCAUCUGCACCAUCUAUGCCUCGGCCCAUCCCCAAGGGCAAUAACAACAAACGAACGCCAAUCCCCCAAUCCAAAUCAGCCGCCUCCUCGUAUACCUUUGAUGAUACAGUGGCCAAUCCAUUCGUCUCAUCAACCCCCUCGGCUUUUACUCCCUCUAUGGAGCCCACAUCAUUCCUGGCAUCACGUCCAUCCCAAGAGGCCACAUCAAUCUCGACUGAUUCGUUCUUCAACAGCAAAUCUGCAGCCAACCCUAAUGCACCGGCAACAACGGUCACCACCACCGAUACCCCUGCUCCCCCGACCUCCGUCGCAAAGCCAUUCAUGGGAGCAGCUGCACGAUCUCGAGAUGCUUCUGUUUCGUCCUUACCAGGACCUAGGCACGAGGACAUGAUCCUUCCAGUGGUGGCUAAGCGUAUCAAGGAGCAAGGACUGUUCGAUCACGAUGUUGUUGCUUACAGCGACGAUUAUAAUGCACCUCUCUACAAGGCUCCUUCCUCGCCAGCCAAUGCCGGCAACCCAUUCGCGAGCUAUGACAGGAUGAAGGCUGCAUCAAGUGGAGAUCUUUCUAACCUCAGAUCACUACCCGAAUCAUCGUCAUCUGCCUACAAUCGCAAGUUCGACCAGUCUCUAGAAAACGAUCAGGACUUGGUUCAGAGUAAGGCAGGACAAGAUUCAAGGGACGAGCACAAUCGGGCCAGUACUUCAUCAGAAAAUCCAGUCCCAUCUGUCUCACCACCAUUAUCUGACGCUUCGCCCAAUCUGUCAACCGGGCAUUCAGAAAGGAGGCAACGACAGCGCAAGGAAACAGUCGAGUCUCAACAAUCACAGCAACAUCAGCAACAAGCAUCCAACGGCCCAUCUUCAUCUGUUGCCACCUCUCCUGUUACAACUCAACCUGACCGACCCCGGAGAGCCAGAAGGAACACCGAGAGAUCGACUCGUCACGACCAAUACGCCACCUACGGCGACUAUGGAGUCCAGCCCGUACCCCAGUCACCACAAUCUCCUCAGUCGCGACAGGAAUAUCUCGAGAGAACACAGCAGCCUUCUUGGGAUCGCCCCUAUCUUAACAAUGGCGUUGGACAGGAUCCUUAUGCGCCUCCAGUCAACAAGUCGACUCGCCAGGAGAUGACCCAGAACUCGGCAGCAGACGGCUACCAGCGACAGCACUCGCGCGAGCAAGGCUACGGACAGAGCCGAGGUCAGAACCAAGGGCAGAGUCAGAGGCAAGAAUACGACUACCCAUCUCAGGGAGACCAAUACUCGAGCCGCCAACAACAGCAGCAAUCGCACAGCAACAACGACCACUACCAGAACCAAGCAGCGGGCCAGAACCACGGCUACCAGGGCCAACAGGGCGGGGCGCAGAACGCUCACCUGAGGCCGGAGAUGGUUCAGGUUGAGAUGUCGACGAUGGGCAACGAACCUAGGGAGGGCGAGUCAUCCGAGGAUCAGCAGCCCAAAGUUGUCCAGAUCGAUGCCAAGGGUGGACCCAAGAAGGAGAAGAAAGGCGCUGUCUGCUGUAUUAUCAUGUAA